CUUACCAGGAGAGUGUGCGGUGAAAAUCAAGGAAGGAAUUUCGGGAAUAGAAGUUUCAAGAGGUUGAGAAAGUUAUCAAAAUCCGCGCGAAGCGAAAGAAAGUUAGUUAAGUCGGGAGAAAACAAACAGACAAAGCCCUAAGCGUUGAGAUGGCAGAGAAAUUGGCUCCAGAGAAGCGCCACCAAUUCAUCCACAACGGCCAAUCUGUAUUUGAAUGGGAUCAAACCCUAGACGAGGUUAAUAUUUACAUUAAAUUACCUCCAAAUGUUCAUCCAAAGUUGUUCUACUGCAAGAUUCAGUCCAAACAUAUUGAAGUCGGCAUCAAGGGCAACCCUCCUUAUCUCAAUCAUGACCUCUUCUGCCCAGUGAAGACUGAUUCUUCCUUUUGGACUUUAGAGGAUGAUAUAAUGCACUUGACCCUGCAAAAAAGAGAUAAGGGUCAGACAUGGUCUUCUCCUAUAUUGGGUCAGGGUCAGUUGGAUCCUUACUCCACUGAUCUCGAACAGAAGCGUCUCAUGCUUCAGAGAUUUCAAGAAGAGAAUCCUGGUUUUGACUUCUCACAGGCUCAAUUCUCGGGAAACUGCCCUGAUCCUAGGACAUUUAUGGGGGGGAUCCGCACUGGUUGACAACCUUGGUGUGCUUAGAUGCUGAGUGUCAUUAAAAUCCUGACCAUUGUGCAGUUUAAAACAAUGUACGAUGAUUCUUGUCUUGGUCCUUAUUUAACUUUCAGGAUUUGAUUAGCUUGUCAGCCAAGAUUAUGGGCAUCAUCUGUAAUAAGCACAGUAAGAUGUGGUUACCUGUUUAAUUUUAAAUGAAGUUAGCUGUGUAAAAUUUCUCUGCGCCUUGGUACUCUUAUUGUAUAGCUUCCGUACCUUGUUAAAAGUUCAUUAUCUUCGACUUUUGGGUUUGACAA